AUGUCUUGUUCUUGUUGUGGCAAAGCUAUGGACCUACAUCAGGGUGUUUCCUGUUGUGUGUGUAAACGACUAUUCUACUAUAGUUGCGUCGGUCUAACAGUUACUGAUGUUAGACUUAUAAACAACAAAAAACAACUUGGUUGGUCUUGUCAGCGCUGCGAGUCUAUUGGUAGUGACAUUAACUCACUAAAACAAGUAAUCAUUCAAUUACAAGAGGAUAUUAAAGGUCUUAAAACUCAAAAACAAAAUAGCAAUAUCAAUAAUGAUCAAUUUGAGGAAAUUGUUCAAGAGAUAAAUGAGAGAAAUAUAAGGAAAAAAAAUAUCAUUUUGUUUGGGUUCAAGGAGCAAGCAUCAGAUUUAGAUAAAGAAGCUCGUAUCGCAGCAGAUGUGACUUGUGUUACGGAUGUUUUCAAUUAUCUUCUACCCAAUAAUGAUAUCGCUAAUAUUAAACCUAUACGCCUGGGUAAAUUUGAUAAAGACAGUAAUCGACCUAGACCUAUUAAAAUAUCCUUAUUAGCCAUGAGCGGAAAGUCAAAGAGCCCAAAUACUUCUUCCUCAAUUCUAGACUCGUCCACUGGUUCAGCUGGUUCAGGCUCAUCUGCCUCGACCGCUGAAUCACAAGUCGCCAAAAGCGUCGACGACCAAGACGCGACUGCCGCUCCCCUGGAGCCGGCAGGGGUCGAAGACGCUGCUAAAACUGUUUCGGACUUCUUGAUUCAGCUGCAAAGGAUCUUCACGAAUAAAUUAACGGAAACCGUUGACGAAGGCCGUCGAGUGUACUCAAACUCUCUUCAAGGCCUUAAAUUCACAGUUAAGAAAAUCACGAAGUUGUCGGCCAAAUUGACUUCCGAGCCUCCCAUUCCAGCCGCAACUCCUGCGGCGUCAUACGCCAACGUCGCCUCCAGCAUUUCCAGGGUUAAGAUAGUUGGCAAGAAAUCUGCUUCCACGAAGGCUAUUCACAAGGUGGAAAUAUCCCCUGUCAACCCCGAAGAAUUUGCGUCUUCCGAGGCUGUCAAAGACAGCAUUCUCGCCAAAAUUAACCCUGCAACUAUUGGCUUCGCGCCAUCUAAAGUCUAUUACGCAAGAAACAAGGGAGUCGUGAUUGAAUCUCACGACUCCAAUGUAAACAAGCUACUGGAUUUCCCUGAGUGGGCCUCCCUAAAGCUCAAGGCAUCUUCACCAAAAAAGAGACUCCCGAGAUUGUCUAUCUUUGGUGUUCCCUCGUUCUUAACGAAGGAGAACCUAGCGAAGGCAAUAAUCGACCAAAAUAACGUAGACACAUCUAAUGCAGAGGACAUAAACCCGGUGCAUAAGUUUGGCCCGAGGGGGAGUAUUCGAAGAUCUCAAAGGGGGAGAAAAGUCAAGGCUUGUGACGAAUUUUUCAUAUAUUUUACUGCUGAGAGGCAAGAGGUGUCAGUUGUAGACGGAGAUUCAAAGUCUAACAGCAAUCAGUGGAUAGGUGCAAUAACAAGUGACAUGAAAAUCAUGCUUGGGAUGUUGUUGACCUUGCACACGCCAGUAAAGUGGCUAUUUAGUCAAAAAGAGUUUCAGCCAGUGGUAAGCUUAUCCAAAUCAGUAUUGUUAUCAACAAACACUUUUUUAUUGUUGCACAUAACAAAAAUGUUUCCAAAUGCAGACCAGCACUCGUUUUUAAACAGCUCCACGCACUUCUUAAAAAGAUUUAGCAUAUUGCUAAGACUGUCCUUGGAUGAGAAAGGGAGAGACGCUACAGCAAAGCUGCCCAUGCACCCUUUAUUAGAGGAGAGCUUAAGGGGGUCAAAAGGAAACGUGGUGGAUCUCACGUACGACGCUGGAACAAGCACCAUAAUCAGGAGCUUCAGGGACAUGUUUGGAGCGAUGAAUAGGAGCGUCUCCCUGACGGAGCUGGGGAAUGCAAGCCCGUUCAAGGCGACACAGAUAGGGUGCGGCACGGUACUCAGGGAAGAUGAGAUCAAAAUACUGGAGGAGCACAACAGAAGAAGGUCCAUAAUCCGAACGCCCUCGAAGGCAACAAGUGCGAAAUCAACUCCUGCAACGUGUGAAACAGCUAGUGCCCCUGAGGAAAGAAAAGAGUACGGGAAAAGGGGAAGAGGAGAGAAAGAGAAUGUAGAGGAGAUGCAUAAGGAAAUGAUACAUCUUAAGAAGCUAAUAGCUCAGACGUGCCAAGGGAUAGACGAGAUAUACCGGCAGACGGUAGAAAUAACAAAUACCAAGACAGAAACGAAAAAUGCCGCGAGAAAGCUAAAGGACCUCGCCAAUAAGAUGAAAUCUAUUAGGGUAAAUAACUUUAUGAAGUCGAUGUUGGAAGACCCAAGCCAGAAAUGCCCCAGACUGAAUGUGGAGAAAACAACACAACUCACCUCAAGAGGGACACAGACCGACAGCCAUGAGGUUUUCUCUAUGGAAACCCAAACGGACGAGGACACAUCGCAGGAAGAGACAACACCAACUGCCAUGGACAUCGGUGAAACAAUCGAAGGAAUUAAAAAACCGGAAGACGUUACACGGGUAAUCUCGAUGACCUGGCCGGAGGAGGCAUAUCAAAACACAACUAUUAAGGAAGGAAACCCUCUAACAGUCUCAAAGGACUUCGACUUGGCUAUCCUCCCGCUGGAAGAGGAAAAAACUCUACAAAAAGGGAUUCUGAAACAAGCCAAAGAUAUGUACCCGGAGAUCUUGGAAAUCGAAGGAGAGGACACGUAUAUAACAAGAACAAUACGAACAAAAAAAGAGUCGAUAACGAAUAUUAUCUACAAAACUGUUUUAAAACGACCAGAAGAAGAAGACAUAAUCAAGGCGCUUCAAGAACUCUCAAAAGAUAUGCUGGCAAAUGGCAGAACGAAAGUCGUUAUACCGCGAGUCAGAAAUAUUGAAAUAAACAAGCUCAGAAAGCUGGUGGAAAUUGCCACAUAUAAACAAAAUGUGACUAUACAUAUAUAUGAACCAACAAAAAAGAACAAACAAAAAGAAGGAAAAAAUAAAAGACAGAAAAAUGGAAGCAAAAAUGGAAUAAAAGACACAAACGCGUUAUUCAUAACGGAUAAAACAAAAACAUAUGCAGAAUUGUUAAAGGACAUAAGGGAGGAAAUAAAAGAUGACCCGAACCUUAAAAUCAACUCCAUCAGGGAAACAAGGAAAGGGGAGAUGCUGCUUACUAUGAACAAACUAGACCCCAAUUUCAACACCCUCAAGCAGAAGAUGAGAGACAGACUGGGAGACAACAAGGUAAGGUUCAAAAGAGCGGAGGAAAACAAUAAAAUCCUCCAUAUAAAGGGCAUGGAUGCCAUAACAACAGAGGAAGAAAUUAUGGCCGCUCUAUGCGCACAAACGGGGACAGCAAACACCAAUAAAGAAAUAAUUCUCACUAGCCUGAGGCCAGCGUAUGGAAACACCAAGAAUGCCACCAUUAAGACAACUGAGAGUACUUGGCAAGUUCAAAAAAAAAAUGUGAAGAGCAAGUUGUGCAAGCACCGACGUAGUGCUACACAGACGGGCGGAGGUCCAGCAGACCCAGCCACAUUCACCACAAUUGAAAAUGAAAUACUUAGUCUUAUUAAGCCAGCAACUAUCGACGGUGAUGUUGCGAUAGGCGAAUCAGAAGUAACAAUUGACGUGGUCCAAGCUGAGGUGUCAGGAAUAUUUCCAAAUGAAACGGUUCAGGAAAUGGAGCCACCUGCCAGUGUAGCCGAAAUUCCAUCGCAAAUUUCAAUGGUAUCGGGCAGUACUCCAAGUACCAGUGACUCUGGGGCUCGCAGUAAAGCGGCAUCUACUAAAGCGAAACGACUAAGCAAAUGUAUAGACGUAGGAGCGCAACUAGCAGCCGGAUCCGAACGUAAAAAUACAGUAUUAGAAAACUAUUAUGAGCGGAAAUUAAAGGGCAUGAAGUUGGAACGAUUGAGACGAGAUAAAUAUGAAAAGCGAAAAAUUGAGUUGCUGCGGGAACAAAAUAUGGUUUUUCAUAACAUACUACAGGAACUGCAGAAUCUUUCCGGAAAAUUUGGCCACAAAUAA